AUGGCUCUUAAAAAGAAGAUGGUCUACAUUUCCAGCAAACCCAACACUGCCCUCCCCCCAACCUCUCUCACCAACUGCCUCCAGGUCAUCAGGAGCUGGAUGAGCAGGAACUUCCUAAAACUCAACGGCAGCAAAACCGAAGCCCUGCUGGUUGGCACCAAAACCACCCUCUCCAAAACCUCAUCCUCCCCUGCCUCCAACCUCAUCCUUGAUGGCUACUCCAUCCGCUUCUCUGGCCAAGUUAAGAGCCUUGGUGUCAUCCUGGACAGCUCCCUCUCAUUUUCACCUCACAUAAAUACCCGGACGUCCUUCUUCCACAUACGCAACAUCUCCAGACUCCGCCCAUCCCUUUCUCAAUCAAACACUGAAGUCCUGGUCAAUGCAUUUGUCACGUCCCGCAUCGACUACUGUAACGCCAUCCUCUCAGGCAUACCCACCAAGCUCAUCAAUAAACUACAAAUCAUACAGAACUCUGCAGCCCGGAUCAUCACCGGCACCAAGGCCUCAGAACACAUCACCCCCAUCCUCAUCCAACUCCACUGGCUCCCUGUUCAAUCCCGUAUCAACUUCAAAAACCUACUGCUCACUUACAAAGCCCUACAUAACCUGGCCCCCUCCUAUCUGGCUGACCUUCAGGAGUACACCCCCUCUCGCUCCCUCCACUCCUUCUCUGCUGGUCUGCUGACCGUCCCCACCCCACGCCUCGUCACCAUGGGUGCUCUGGCUUUUAGCUGCACUGCUCCCAGACUCUGGAACUCCCUCCCCCCGCACAUCCGACAACUGAAGAGAUGCUUUCACAAGAAGCUGUGUAGGAGGAAAAGCCAGAGAUUGUGGCGUUUCCCUCUAAUGAGGAAGCUGCUAAGCCAGAAGCCUCGCGACAAUCUGACUCUCCCGUCUAUGGAGGGGAUGAAUGAAAAGACCAUGGCAGAUGCGAUGCACUUUGGUCACAUGAAAGGUGUCGGGAUGAGAUCUCUGCAUAGCGGCAUGGGACCCCCACAGAGUCCGAUGGACCAGCACAGCCAAGGAUACAUAUCCCCACAUCCGUCUCCAAUGGGGGUCCAUGAGCAUGCUUCUAGUCCCAUGUCAGGAGGUGGAGGUGGUGGGGGACCCAAACCCCCACCUCCCUCCCAGUCCGGCCCUAUGAUGCCCACGGACCCUCAGUCAGCUGGGCCCAACAUGUCCAACAUGAGCCCUCAGGGCCGCGGACCCUCUGCCUUCAGUCCGGUGCAGCUGCAGCAGCUCAGAGCGCAGAUCCUGGCCUACAAGAUCCUGGGCCGAGGCCAACCCCUGCCAGAAAACCUCCAACUAGCUGUUCAGGGCAAGAGAACUCUACCCACAAUGCAACAGCAGCAGCAACAACAGCAGCUUCAGCAGCAGCAGCAGCAGCAUCAGCAGGCACCUAGUGCUAGUCCUUACAACAGGCCUCCAGGUAUGCCAAUGGUACCUUUGGGUGGGCUGCAGUCAAGCCCCUGCCCCACCCCAACCAUGCAAGGACACAAUCAAAGCACAGGACCCAAGCCUUGGCCUGAGGAUGUUUGA